GCAAAAGCAAAUGACACGAACACGUUCACCUCAAUCCGCUUUCAAAAAAUGGUACCCUCAAUGACAAUUCACAGCUACGAUCCUGCCAGCACGUAACACCACUGACAGCUGGUUUGUGUUGAUCAGGAGUCGUCAUGACAACUCGAACGAUCACCAUGCGACAAGGACGGUCACUUCGUCGGUGUUUCGUGGAAACUUCAUAACACGACCGUGAUAAUAUAUGUAUUCGCAACAAAAGUAGAUGAAAUUACCACUGUUUACUAAAGGGAAAAAUGGUAGUAGUUGACAAACGUAGAUCAUUGAUAGUAUCCACUGCUGGUCAUUUCUUCGGCGUGCCCCUAGAGAACGAUGAAACGAUAGCUGAUGAACAAACAGUGCUUGACAACUUCUUGGACAGAGCUACUUGUAGACUCUUGUGUGCAGAACCGGCGGGUUUGGAGGAUGAGGAAAUACGAUUGAAAUUAAGUAACGAGUUACCAGUUGGCAGGAAUACCUUGGUCUUCUUUAAGUUAACAGAAGAGUCGGUGACCGAAAAGAAUUUUCACGACCUCGUUCACGUAACAACAACCGGCAGUGGAAGAGGAUUGACGUUAGUCGAAGCUUUACGUCAGGUAUGGGCGCCGACACUUCGAUCAUCCGGUCUGAAUUCGUCAUACUUGAAGGAGCUGGAGGAGAAUCUCCUCGGCUCGUCAGCUACGACUUCCGUUCUCGAAGAGGAGGAUUAUUGGAGAAAGAUAUGGGAGGACGCGAAACGAUCGCAUGACAAAACGAUUUAUGCGGAGGCUGUGAAAGCGUUGAGGAACAUCAGAAGUGAGGUGGAGAGCGCGGCAGUAGCUAGAGAUGGGUUAAUCAGCGUGGGUGACGCUGUUGAAGCGAUGUCAGGCUAUGUUGAUGAUUUGUGGAAGUUAGGAGAUCUGGUAUAUACCGAAGACCGGAUGAAAUCUUUUUUGGAUAUUAUCGGAGACGAAGUAGUUUCUCUUGUGAAAAACAUAAUCGAGGAGAAUCAAACUACCGACGACAGAGAAAAAAUUGAAACGAUAUUAAAUGGUGCAGAAAUUUGUGAGAAAUGGACAGAGAUGGCGGAAAAAUUCACAACGCUAUUUUGGCCUCACCAUUCGCUUCACUCAUGGAAAGGUGUCGGUUACGUACCUGAGAGAUGCUUACGAAUCGGAGAAAAACUCAGGCAGAUUGGCGAGUUACGUGCCCAGUAUAGACAAUUAACCAGGUUGCUGACACCUAAUGAGAGAUCUGGUCUUGGUACCGAUACCUUAAUGCGAUUCUUCGAUGAUGUUAGAGUGGUCUUCAACGAUAAUGACAAGAGUGUUGAGUGGAACCGACUUACAAGAAGGGUUGAAGAGGGCUUGGUACCCGCUGAAGAACGAGUCGCACAAAAAUUGAAGUCACAAAUUGCUGAUGCUACUUCUCCAAAUUCUUUACUUGCUGAAUUUCGACGUUAUUUCGAGUUAAUGAAGAGAGAUGGUCUAAAGAAAGCUUUACGUAGUGAACGAGAGACUUUGCUUUCAGCUUAUGGAGAUCUUAUAGAAAAUUGCUUAGCUGGGCCAGAUACAGGAGAGUUGCUAGAUACUCCAAGAAUACUUCAAGAGGUCCAAACUGCGAGAUCAGCAGAAUUAAAACUGGAAAGUUUAAAUAAAUUAGGAAAGGAAUUGCUAGCAGAUCUUCCUGGUUAUGAAGAAAUUUCUUCAAAAGUAACAUCAGCUUUGAAAGAUAUUGAAACAAAAAGACAAAAUUUCGUUGAUACUUGGACUGAAGAAACAAAAGACGCUAUUGCAGCGAAGGAACUGACAUUAGGCACCGAUUCAGCAGUGGUAGAGCUAACUGGCACCAGUAUGAUGAGGGUUACAUACGAUCCAAGACUAAUGACUUUGAUCAGAGAAGCCAGGGCUCUUUCGAGUCAAGGCGUUGAACUCCCUCGAGAAGUGAGGGACCUAGUUGAAAGAGCAGGAUCCUUAGCUGGACGUGCUAGAGCUCUUCAACAGGUCGCCACCUUUCAUAACACGAUUGGCGAUCGUAUGGUGCCAUCUCAAAGACCAUUGAUGCUCACGACUGCGCUUGAAUUGGCCAGAGCUGUUCAGGAACAAUCUGGGGUGGUGUGGUCUGAUCCUCAGGCUGUCGAUGUUUAUACUGCCAGAUUGAAGGAACUGGUAAGGAAGUUUGCACAACAGAAUUCAGAGUUAGCUGCGAAGCAUAAUGCAUUAAGAGAUUUGGUAACCAAUUUAUUAAGAGGAGAAAGUGUGAAUAUGAUUGGAAAUCAAAAUGCUUGGAAAGAUGCAUUGAUGAAUAUGAGAACAAUUGUCGAUACUGUUGAAGUUGAAUAUGGAAACACGAAAGCAUGGAAAUUGCAUUGGGAUAGACAACUACUUAAAGUAUUGGGUGUAGCUUACAGAGGAGCAUUACCAUCUUUGCUGAAAAAGUUGCCAGAAGUUAAAGUGGAACUAACGUUUCGGGACGGAUCACUGCAGUGGCGGCCAUCUCUUGAGGAAGUCCGUGCCAAGUUGUACUCGUCGAUCCGUCGAUCCCUCUCGAUCCCCAUGAACUUUAGGGGCGUUGGUGAUGCGGCUGAGGCUCACUUUGGUGGCUUGAUCCAGAGAAGCUGCUAUUUGUUCGGCGGCGUUUACAAGCAGGCCGAAAUCGCUCUUUCCGCUCUGGAAACGCUUCGAACGAAAUGGCUGUACUUGGCUGCGCCAGCAAAGAUCGACGUCGCUGAACGAUUGAAAGGAAAAUCGCCCCAAGAAUGGACGAGAGCAUUCAAAGACGCCAAGCAGUGGGCACAAGAAGUUGGUAGAUUACGCGGAAGUGAAUUAAAGAUGUGGUGCAUCAGCGUGGACACAGCGGCAACCAGGAAUGACUUGGAAUCUGCAUCUCGCCGUUAUUGGGAACGUUUGUGCUCCGAUCUAAGGUUGGAAGCAUCUUCAAGACUAGUUGCUGUUGUAGAAUUUCUAUCAUCUGCCUCAAAAGAACUCGGACGCAGACCUCGUAAUGUGGAGGAAUUUGGUUUGGCGUAUGAAGCUCAUGCUCGAAUCCAGACACAAUCUUCCGGUAUGGCUGAAGAAAUGGAAGCUAUUGCUGGUCUUUCUAAAGUGUUGGCUGCAUGGACUAGUGAAAAACUUGAAGGCGUCAGCUCAGCUUAUGCGGCAUGGCAAGAUUUAACCGAUCGUUUGGAACGUCACAAAGCUGUAGUGGAUCGUGAACUAGAGGAUGCAAAAGUAAAUAUACGUCAUAGAGCUGUAGCUCUAAGGGACGAGAUCGAGAGAUGGCAAGCAAAAUGGUCGUCGAAGCCAGAGAUCCUUACCUUAGACUGGAUUAUUUCGAUGAAGGAGAGGUGGAUAUAUCUAAAGGAACAGCUGGAUGUCUUGAAAAAUAAUUGUCAAAAAAUCGAAUUGAACGUCGACGAUAUACUGGAGGAUAACGAUGAGACUAUGAAGAGGCUAGAUAUGCAAUUGGAAGUCGAAGAAUCUAACUGUCAAUUCCAGACUGAGUUUUUAGAAGAAUUGAAGAAUCAGGAAGAUGAAGAAUGGAGUGUAGCUAGAAGAAGACUACCCAGACUUCACGAUUGGCUCGAUUCUUGGGAGAAUAGAAUACGAGUUCAAUUAAAGGAUCGAUUAAAGGAGCAAUCGGUGGAUCAGAAGGAUAAUUUAGAAGUGGAUACGUUUGUUGGUAAAAGAGUGCGUGAGGUAAGAGCUACUAUUGAAUGGUUGCAACUUCUUCGUGGUGACGAGAUUGCAGAUGAACAUUGGGGUGAGCUGUUGCCACUUUUAGACGUGAAGGGCGUUAAACAUGUGAGAGAUAUCACGUUGGGUCACCUAUUUCGUUCUGCGAAGAAUAUUCAAGAAAAUGUUGAAAAGAUAAAGGAAAUAACAAAAAAAGCUGCGGCCGAGAGUGGUAUUCGACAAGGACUAAUGGAAGUGGAGUCUUGGGAAGCUUCUGCUCAUUUUCAACUUCAAGAAUUAAGAGACAGUAAAAAUGCUGUUAUUAUUCUUGUAGAAGAGUACGGUAGUUUGUUAGCACGAGCAGGCGAAUUGAGACUCUUGCUGGAGGGCGCCAAAGGGGCAGCUGGAUACGAAAGGUUUGCAGUCAGAGUUGUACGAUGUGAAACUGGAUUGUCGGAAGUGGAAGAACGAAUAAAAGCUUUGAGUACCAUACAGAGGAAGUGGGUUUACUUGGAACCAGUUUACGAUGGUGGUGCAGCUCCAAACGAUACUGGUAGAUGGUCUAGAGCUAAUAAAGAAUUCAGAUACCUAAUGGGAGAAGUAUCUUGUGAUCCCAGAGUGUCGUCGUUAAGAAGACUUUCCCUUUCAACUUUCAUGAAUUUGAAAGAUUUACUUGACAGAUGUCAGAAAAGCCUUGACGAAUAUUUAGAGGAAAAACGAUCUUCUUAUCCACGUCUGUAUUUUCUGAGUGAUGAAGACCUUCUCGAAUUAGUGUCAGCUAGUGGACGAGGCCUGGAAGCUCAUUUAUCGAAACUGUAUCAAGGCGUUGGAUCGAUAAUAAAAGACGAUAAUGGACUAACGGCUGUUGUAUCGCCAGAAGGUGAAAUAUUGCAGUUAUCCAAGCAGGUCGAUGUUCGAGACUCAUUACCGCGAUGGCUGAACAACCUUGAAGAGGGAAUGAAAAAUACCCUUCGACAGAGUUUAGAAGAAUGCUUGAUCGAUGCUACGCCCAAUCCAUCGGCUUAUCCAACUCAAGUUCUACUGCUAUCAGAAAGGAUUCGUUUCACUGAGCGAUGCGAAACAGCUUUGAAAGAAGGUCGUUCAGCUUUAAAGAAGCUCAUCGAAUAUUUGGAGACACAAAGAGCUAGAUACAGGGGUUUAGAAGACGCUGGCGAUAAAUUAACAGCUUUAAAAGCACGUGGGCUUCUGCUUGAUACCGUCCACCAUCUGGAGAUAGCCAGGAAUCUUUUAAACGUUAUGCAACAAGAAGAAAGUACUGUCUGGACUUGGCAAAGACAAUUAAGGAGUUACAGGACUAACAAAGGACCAGUUGUACGCUGUGCUGGCGCAGAAUUUCCAUAUCGUUUCGAAUACCAAGGCGCAGCGGUAGGAUUAGUUCAAACGCCAUUAACCGAAAGGUGUUUCUUGGCUCUUACUCAGGCGAUGAAACUCGGUUUGGGUGGAAGCCCUACCGGGCCAGCUGGAACUGGAAAAACGGAAAGCGUGAAAGCACUUGGUGCUAUUCUUGGCAGACUCGUUUUAGUUUUCAAUUGCGAUGAAGGAAUGGACGCCGGAAGUAUGCUACGUAUUUUGGGCGGUCUUGCUCAGGCUGGUGCAUGGGGUUGUUUUGACGAGUUCAAUCGUCUCGAGGAGGAGACGCUCAGUGCGGUGGCUAUGCUCAUUAGACCCCUUCAAGAGGCGGUUCGGGAUGGUUCGUCUCAAGUCCUGCUAAGUGAUCAGAAAGUGAACCUGGAUCCACACUGUUGCGUGUUUAUCACGAUGAACCCUGCUGGCUCUGAAUAUGGAGGCAGACGUAAACUUCCGGAUUCUCUGGCACGACUGUUCAGACCGAUUGGUAUGGCACAUCCGGACAGAUCUGACAUUGUGAAAGCAUUGCUAGAAUGUGCCGGAUUCCUGAAUGCCUCAACACUGGCGAAACAGCUAGUGGAGAUGUUCGAUAUCGCUGAGAUAUUGCUUUCGAAUCAGCCACAUUACGAUUGGGGUCUUAGGGCACUUAGAUCUGUACUCGACGCCAUUCCUACGAAAACUGACUUGGAUGAAACUAGCAGAUUAGUAGCUGCGAUUAGGGCUUCGACAUUACCAAAAUUAACAGAAGAAGAUACCCCACGGUUUCUUUCUUUACUGGAAGACGUUUUUCCAAGAAUAAGUCCAUCGUUGUCUACGUUCAUCGAAAGGCAAGACCUGCAGAACGCUUUACUUGAGCUUUGCAUUGAUCAAGAGUUGGGGAAGGAAAUGGCGAACAGAUGUAUUCAACUGAACGAUCAAUUGAAAAGCAGAACUGGUGUAGCGAUCGUUGGACCACCAGGGUGCGGUAAAACGAUCAUCAGGAAACUUCUGUGCGACGCGCUGACGAAAAUCGGCGAAACGAUCGUUCAAUUUCACGUGUUCCCUGGUGCCAUGCCAAAAUCGAGACUUUUGGGUCGCAUUGAUCCACAAACUAGAGAAUGGAAGGAAGGUUUAUUAUCCAAUGCUGUUGCUUCGGCUGAAAAUUCGAAAACUUGGAUCAUUUUGAAUGGCGACGUAGAACCGGAAUGGGCAGAAGCUCUAAACUCUGCUCUAGACGAUAAUCGAUUACUAACCUUACCCAACGGUGUAGGUGUGAAGCUUGGAUCUGGAACAAAAUUCAUCUUCGAGACUCACAAACUCGCUGGUGCUAGUCCUGCAACCGUAUCGCGUUUAGGGGUGGUUCAUUUGGGCUCCACGAGUCCUAACUCUUUACUGGUGUCGUCACGAUUGAAUUCACUCCCGGAGGCAGCGAAGGAACUCGCGAAUUCCCAUUUGUGUUCUUGUAUCGAGGAAUGUUUGAAGAUCAACGCAGACGUUUCUUCAGCAUCGGGCUUAAUGAAUUCAACAUUUUGUCAUUUGAGAAGUUCCCACACUUGCACUUCUGCUUCGUACGCUAUAUUCACAUCUUUAUGCAGUCAAAUAAGGAAUGAAAAUGCUAGAGACGAAUUAGCACGUUUGAUUUAUCAACUUACUGAUUGCUGGUGUCCAAAUCCGCAAAAACCAUGUUCUGUAUUGUAUAAUGAAGAUACAGAUAGAUUAGAAGCUAUUGGGGAUGCUGAUGAAUCAACGGACACUGAUGAUGGUCCUGUUUCAUUAUCAGGUGCAAUGAAGAAAACGCUAUCGUCUGUCUUACCAUGGAUCAAAAAUAACCAAUCGAUAAUGAUAAGAGGUUCAGUAGGUUGUGGAAAAAGUGCUCUAAUAUCCGUCAUACUUUCUUUGAUACGUAACGUCGAACCAUCGACUUUGAUAAAAGGUUCAUCUCUCUAUGGACCUCAGGAUUUGGUGAUGAAACUAAAGCGUGGUUGCGUACAAUUAAAUUCAUCUUCACAUGUAAGAGUAUAUAAACCUAGAACUGGUUCCAGAGUUAUAUUAAUCUUGGAAGACCUCCAUCUUGCAUCUAAAGAUCUACAGGAAUUAGUUCGAGAACUUAUUCAAGAAGGAGGAUUUCACGAAGAGGACUUGGAAUUCGCUACAGUUCCCUUAACUAUUAUAUGUACAGCUGAUGCUACGACCAGAUUACAUCCAAGAUUAGAGGCACUUUUGUCCACUCAUUAUUUGCCAUAUCCAAGUUCGAAAGAUAUCGUAGCAAUCUUAGAAUUGCAGUUACGAAACUCCCUGAAAGGAGAUCGUGUUAUGAUCGAAUCAUGGAUAUCACAAAUGGCGCCUGCCAUGUUGGAUGCUUUUCGAUCGAUCAAAUCUUCUCAUGGCUCGUCUGUCGAUUGGACGCCCAAAGAUUUGGUUUUAUGGGCAGACAGCUUGAAGUAUUAUCCCUCUCCGGAGAAUGAAUCGAAUAUCACGGAUCAUUUACUGGAUGCUGGAAGGCGACUGUUUCACACUAGACUAACGUCCAGAGAUCAGUCCCGUUGGGAAACCAUAAUCCUUUCGAAGACUACGAAGUCGAUGAUGCCCGGAAGCGACGUGUACAUAUGGAAACGCGGGAACAAUGGGCUGUUGCCGUUGGACGAGGAACAGUGGCGGAAGGAGAUAAUUAACGCGGCGGCGAGAUGCGCGAGGGAAGGCGAUCCUGUACAGGCAUCGAUUUCGUCUCACCUGUUGCACACGGUGGCCGGUUUAAGUUGGGCUUUUGGAACGAAUCUUCGGGGUGUGAUCUUGAUUGGACGACCCGGAGCCGGAAGGAAAUCUGCAGUGAGACUCACCGCCAUGUUUUCCUCCCUUCGUUUAAUAGAAUCUGGACCUGGUCGCGGCCGAAUGUCGGUGAAAACCGCAGUUCAAGCUGCAGGAAUUGAUGGUGAGCCGACUUUGCUUUUGCUAGAAGAGCAUCAUAUGAGAGAAGCUGGAUUGGCUGUUUUAGCCAGUGCAAUAGUGUCAAGAGGUGAACUCCCAGGAUUAUUUACAGUGGAGGAACUUGACGGGUUAAUAGCGCCAUUGGCUGAUGUGGCAAGAAGGGAAGAUUUUUCGGGCAUGUUGGAGCAAUACCUUUAUCAUCGUCUACGAAAUUACCUUCGAGUGGCCAUAAUAUUGGACAGUGGAGAGUUGCGUUCGUCUUGGCCAUCACGUUCGGGACUUCUUAGACACUGUGCAUUGAUUGGACCAGGUUUUGGUAGUGAAUGGUGGUCCUGGGAAGGUGCCUUAACCGAAGUAGCCUGUCAACAAAAUGACCUCGAAUUCGAAAAUCCUGAGAAUACGUUGCCUGGCAUCAAGGAGAUGGUGAAGGCUCAUCUGCAAGCUCCACGGCAGCAACAGGCACCGGCACGAUUCUUUGCCUUGAUACACACCUGGAAGUACUUACACGUGACUUGGAACGAAGAGGUGGAGCAAAAAUUGAGCAGUCUUGAAGCUGGGGUUGGAAAGUUGAAGGAAGCUGGGGAGCAAGUGGCUAAAUUAGAGGACGAAGUUUCCAAACAGCGUCAAGAGCUAGAGGUAGAACAGGGGCGUGCUAACGCAGCCCUGGAACAGAUCACAGCCACGAUGAGAGGUGCCACAGGACAAAGGGGAGAAAUGAGCAACUUGAAAGCUGAAACUGAACGAGAAAGUGCGGAACUGGCACGUAGAAAGACUGACAUCGAAGGGGAAUUAGGAAAAGUCGAGCCACUAGUAGAACAAGCAGCACAAGCGGUAGCCGGCAUCAGCGCUGACGCGUUAGCGGAAGUUCGUUCUUUGAGAGCACCUCCAGCGCCUGUAAGAGACGUUCUCGAGGGCGUCCUUCGGUUAAUGGGGAUAAAAGACACGUCUUGGAACAGCAUGAAAACUUUCUUAGCGAAACGUGGUAUUAAAGAUGAGAUAAGAACGUGGGAUGCGAGAAGAAGCACAUCAUCGAGUCUGGAGGCAGUUGCCAAGUUGGUCAAGGAGCGACCGGAGAGUUUCGAGGAGAAAACCGCGAAACGAGCCUCGGUGGCCGCAGCUCCUUUGGCGGCCUGGGUUCUCGCAAACCUUCAAUAUGGUCAGAUUCUUCAGCAAGUCGCGCCUCUCGAGAGAGAACAAAGGCAAUUGGCCGAACGUUUAUCGGCGGCUGAAGCUCAGAUUGGCAAGCUUGUAGCUGGUCUCAACACCGUGGAAAGUCGUGUAGCGCAACUUCAAGAGGAACUCGCGAAACACUCGAGGGGUGCCGCUGCACUUCAACUACGUGCUGAAGCGACUGAGGCGAGAUUAACGACUGCUAGGGCAUUACUACAAAAACUGGACACGGAGCAUCGUGACUGGCAGGCUCAACUGGAAGAGUUGACUAGCAGAAAACUAAAAUUGGACAUCGAAGCUGCCAAUGUGGCAGCUUUAUUAGUUUAUGAAGAUCUAGGAAAAGACGACAAAUGGAAAAAGUCAGCCAUCGAUCUUCUUAUCACUGAGAGAGAGAGGCUAUUAUGGCGAGCUCAAGGUUUACCGGUAGAUACCGGAAGUCUGGUUGGCGCGUCCUGUGCCCUCAGAGGGCCACUGGUGCCAAUAUUCAUAGAUCCAUCUGGUGUGGCUGUGUCUUGGCUGAAGAGUAAUGUUGGUUCGAGAAUGGAGGUGACGAAACCGGAAGAUACCAAGUUUUUGACCACGUUGGAGCUAGCUGUACGAUUUGGUAAACCGUUAUUGGUGGAAGAACUCGUGGAAUUUCCUUCGAUUCUAUUACCGUUGCUGCGUCAACGUCCUCUGAAACUUGGCGAGAGAACUUUGCCGGCUCCUCAAGGUUUCAAACUUUUCCUAGCCACUAGACGAGACAGAUUAGACGGUUUUCCAAAAGAGGUUGAUGCAGUUUUGUUCAAAAUCGCUCUUGGAGCUGGUAGCAAAAGUUUGGCAGAGAGAUUCGUGGAAAAGAUUCUGUUGAGGGAGACGCCUGGCUUGGCAACACAACGAAAGGAGGCACUGGAACGUGAGGAAAAAUUAUCAGGGGAACGCGACACCGCGAGAUUGGAUCUGUUGGCGCAGUUGGCCACUGCAAGGGGUCAGGACCUCCUUCAGGAGUCUGAAGGAUCACAGGGUGGGCUUUUGUCGUCUUUGGAAGCCACUCAAUCGAAGGCCAAAGAAAUAGCCUUAGCUCUUGAGGAAAGUCGGCGAAGUUUUGAAGACGUUACCAGGAGAGCCAAAGAACAUGAGAAACUGGCCAAGUUUGCCGCAAGCUUAUACAAAACUGUGCGAAGCCUGACUGCUUUGAGUCCUCUGUACGUAUUUUCUUCUGAAGCUUUCACUGAUAUUUAUUUGGAGGCUGAAGAUUAUAGAAGAUCAAUACUAUCUCAAGAUAAAAGAGAACAAGACAAAUUGGUCGAAAAGCGACUAAUAGGUUUGACACUUCACUACUGCUCCAAAGCAGUGUAUAGAAGACAUCGAUUGCCAGUUGCAUUACAGUUGGCACUUUCAUUAAAUUCCGUGCCAGACGUUGAAAGAAAUUUCUUGCUAGGCGAAACUCCAUUAAGUGAUGACGAAGAUUCUGAUUACAGAGUACCUGAUUGGGUACCUGAAGAACGUCAUCUGCCGGUUCGAAGUCUAGUUUCAUCGUUCCCACAAAUAGGUGCAAAAAUGAAACCAUCCUGGUUGAACGAUGUCAGCAAUAUUUAUGCUGAAAGCAAUUUAACCACAUUUCAAAAAGUUUUACUCAUAAAAACCCUGCGUCCAGACUAUUUGCAUACAGCGCUUUCGAAAUUUGCUGCAGAAGUGUUAGGUGUAAAAGAGUUAGCCCCACCGCAUUUGUCCCUAAGGAAAAUAGCCGAACACGAAUCUACCUAUCCUGUCCUACUACUUUUGUCACCAGGAGCUGAUCCUGGUUCAGAACUCAGAGCGUUAGCGAAUAAUCAGGUUGCGUCGGCCACAGGAUUCGUCGAAGUAUCUCUCGGCCAGGGUCAAGUUGCUCAGGCUGAACUAGCGCUGGAGAAUGCUUGUCGGAACGGAAACUGGAUUCUCCUGAGUAAUUUGCAUCUUGCUCUCAAUUGGCUGCCCCGACUGGAAAGCCUUCUUCGAUCGCCCAUGUGCACAAACAACAAGAAUCCCGUCACAAGAAUCUGGUUGACCACUGAAGAAUGCUUGGGGCUCUACCCCAGUCUCGCUGGUCUCUGCUUAAAGCUUGCUUACGAACCACCUGAGGGCGUGAAGAGGAACGUGAAACGAUCCCUGCAGCAGCUCCAUCAAAAGCACCAGAACGCCAUAAACAUACCUGGUAGCCUUUUGUUGUCCUGGCUGCACGCUACGCUUCAGGAACGCCGGAAGUUCGUUCCUCAAGGCUGGAUUAGGUCGUACGAGUGGAAUGAAUCGGAUCUUGAAGCCGCUUAUGAGUUAGUGGUAAAGGAAAUGACAUCUAAAAGAAGCAAAGAUAAGGAUGGGAACUGGCAGACUGGCAGAGGUUUGCUAGACGUGGCUAUUUACGGGGGUCGUCUUCAGGAUGACUAUGAUAUGAGGGCGUUGUGCUCGAUCGUUCGCGAUAUUUGGUCCGCAGAGGUGUUCGAAGGUCGCAGGAAAUUGGCUAACGUUUUGAGAGUGGUCGAGGGCUCAUUCGAGGACACGACUCAGUCUUUGGAACGUGUCCCGGAUAACGACUUGCCUAAAGAGUACUUUGGACUACCUGCGAAUGCACAUAGGGCUUGGGAAAGGACAGCUGCUGAGGCAGUGUUGUCGCACUUGAAAGGUGUUCUGAUCAGAGUAUCCGAUAACAACGACAAGAGUAGGAAGAAAACGGAAACGAAGAUUCAGAGGGACUUAAAAGAAUUGAUCGACCGUCAUAGUUUGAUGUUCACGUCGUCAGCAACUGUGGAACAAAGCGGAAAUAAGAAUCCAUUGGAAAGUUUCUUUAUCGAUGAAAUGAAUUUAACAAAGAAGACAUUGAAUCUUAUUCGCAUUGACGUAGAAGCAUUACGCCUCGAAAAUAAUAAGAUUCCCGCACAUUGGGUGGAAAAUUGGAAGCAUGGACCGAAGGAAGUUUUGCCUUUCGUUAAAGGUUUGUUAUCCAGGUACCAAACUUUGGAGUCCAUCUUAUCCAUUUCUUCGACUGUUGUUGAUAUGUCACGACUGGCAAGACCACGAGCAUUCUUAACUGUUCUCAAACAACACACCGCAAGAGAAACACAUCAACCUAUGGAGAAUCUUCGGCUUUGUGUAAAUUGGUUCGAAAAUCGCAGAAAUAACGAUUGGAAAAUAUCAUUGAUCAUCGAAGGGCUUUUGAUAUCCGGAGCCUUGAUAGAGGGUGGUAUUCUGACGGAUCUAGAUGCAAAUGCUGCUUCUGUCGUAACUGCACCGAGUUGCCAGAUUGCAUAUUUGCCCGAAGAUUACACAGAGGAUAUGGUAUUGGAUAAAACAACCAAAGACUGUCUAGGAGGCAAUGAUUCGAAAGAUAUUCUUAACAUUCCCGUUUAUGCGACCUCGCAAAGAGAUGUAUUGAUUUGCUCACUUCCGGUUGGCUGCCCUAGAGAUGAACACGAUAACUGGUUACGACGAGGCAUUGCGUUUCAUUUGAAAGUGACUUAG